GGGCAUUAUUUCAAGAAAAAAAUAUGAUAGCAUCAAGCAUUCCCUGGAGCGUGGAUCAGCUGGAAUAAGGAAAUAUGCUCCUUGCCUGGGAGGCACGUCGGGAUGUAUAGAGCGGGCGACCCCGGGAGGCGGCCACUGCCCCCUCGGGUGCGGAACGUGGAAGUUGCCCGGGGCAGGGCCGGCUACGGGUUCACACUUUCUGGGCAGGCGCCCUGUGUGCUAAGCUGUGUUAUGAGAGGGAGCCCGGCGGAUUUUGUAGGCCUCCGUGCUGGAGACCAGAUCUUUGCUGUCAAUGAAAUUAAUGUGAAAAAAGCUUCUCAUGAAGAUGUAGUGAAAUUAAUCGGUAAGUGCUCUGGCGUCCUGCGCAUGGUGGUGGGUGAAGGCGUCGGCCACUUAGAGUCCUGUUCCAGUGAUGAAGAAGGCGGACUUUAUGAAGGAAAAGGCUGGCUGAAGCCCAAACUUGAUUCUAAAGCGUUAGGUAUAAACAGAGCAGAGCGAGUCGUGGAGGAAAUGCAAUCUGGUGGAAUUUUCAAUAUGAUUUUUGAAAAUCCGAGCCUCUGUGCAGGCAGUUCAGAGCCCUUGAAAUUGAAACAAAGAUCCCUUUCAGAGUCGGCUGCUGCUCAAUUUGAUAUUGGACAUGAAAGUAUAAAUAAUCCAAAUCCUCACAUGUUUUCCAAAGAGGAAGUAUUGAAAGUUAUUAAUGAUGAUUCAGUUUUCAGUAUUGGACUAGAAAAUCAUGACGAUUUUGGGUUAGAUGCAAGCAUUUUAAACGUUGCCAUGGUCGUGGGCUAUUUAGGCUCUAUCGAACUCCCUUCCAGGAGCUCCAGCCUGGAGUCCGACAGUUUGCAGGCCAUCCGCGGCUGCAUGCGGCGCCUGCGGGCAGAGCAGAAGAUCCACUCCCUGGUGAUGAUGAAGAUCGUGCACGACUGUGUGCAGCUGUGCACCGACAAGGCCAGGGUUGUGGCCGAGUACCCGGCUGAGAAGCUGGCCUUCAGUGCUGUGUGCCCUGACGACAGGCGCUUUUUUGGGCUGGUGACCAUGCAGACCAGCGAUGAUGGGAGCCUGGCCCAGGAGGAGGAAGGUGCCCUGCGGACUUCCUGCCACGUGUUUAUGGUGGACCCAGACUUAUUUAAUCACAAGAUCCACCAAGGCAUUGCCCGGCGGUUUGGGUUUGAGUGCACGGCUGACCCUGACACCAAUGGCUGUUUAGAGUUCCCUGUGUCCUCUCUGCCUGUGCUCCAGUUCAUCUCCGUCCUGUACCGUGACAUGGGCGAGCUGAUCGAGGGCAUGCGGGCCCGUGCCUUUCUGGACGGGGACGCCGACGCCCACCAGAACAACAGCACCAGCAGCAACAGUGACAGUGGCAUCGGGAACUUCAACCAGGAGGAGAAGAGCAACCGGGUCCUGGUGGUCGACCUGGGCGGGGGCUCCAGCAGGCACGGCCUAGGGGGCAGCACUGGGUGGGAGGGUGCGGGAGGGAGGGCCACGCAGCCCUGGGGGGCCCCCUGGAAUGGGGCCUUCUGCCACGACCCUGAUGGGAGCUCCCCACUUGAGGUCACUCCCCAGACUGACAGGUUCCGGGACUUAAACAAGCACUUAGGACCAACCUCUCAUGUGGAGGUCCCCCUGGCUUCCUCUCGGAGUUCAGUCCCUCCUCCCAAGAGGGGCACCGUGGGUGCCAGCUGUGGUUUCAGCCAGCGGUGGCUCCCAGUCCACGUGCUUCAGGAGUGGCAGUGUGGUCAUGCCAGUGACCAGGAGUCUUACACUGAUUCCACUGAUGGGUGGUCCAGUGUCAACUGCGGCACCCUGCCCCCUCCCAUGAGCAAGAUCCCAGCGGACCGCUACAGGGUCGAAGCCAGCUUCGCACAGCCCCCGCUGGGCACCCAGAAGAGGGACUGGUCCAGGAAGGCUUUUGGAAUGCAAAACAUUUUUGGUCCCCAUCGAAAUGUUCGAAAGACUAAAGAAAACAAAAAGGGCUCAAAAUUUGGGCGUGGAAUUGGACUCACUCAGACUUCUCAGCGCACCUCUGCUCGGAGAUCGUUCGGAAGAUCCAAGAGGUUCAGCAUCACUCGCUCCCUUGAUGAUCUUGAGUCUGCAACUGUGUCUGAUGGUGAGUUGACUGGCGCUGACCUGAAGGACUGCGUGAGCAACAACAGCCUGAGCAGCAAUGCCAGCCUCCCCAGCGUGCAGAGCUGCCGGCGCCUGCGUGAGAGGAGGGUUGCCAGCUGGGCCGUGUCCUUCGAGCGUCUGCUGCAGGACCCCCUUGGUGUUCACUACUUCUCUGAUUUUCUAAGGAAAGAAUUCAGUGAAGAAAACAUUUUAUUCUGGCAGGCCUGUGAAUAUUUUAAUCAUGUUCCUGCACACGACAAAAAAGAGCUUUCCUACAGGGCCCGGGAGAUUUUCAGUAAAUUUCUGUGCAGCAAAGCCACCACCCCCGUUAACAUUGACAGCCAGGCCCAGCUGGCGGACGACAUUCUCAACGCGCCUCACCCGGACAUGUUCAAGGAGCAGCAGCUCCAGAUUUUCAACCUGAUGAAGUUUGACAGCUACACGCGCUUUCUGAAAUCCCAGCUGUACCAGGAGUGCAUCCUGGCGGAGGUGGAAGGCCGUGCCCUCCCGGACUCACAGCAGGCCCCCAGCAGCCCGGUGUCUAAGCACAGCCUCGGCUCGGACCACUCCAGCAUGUCCACGCCAAAAAAGUUGAGUGGAAAAUCAAAAUCAGGAAGGUCCCUGAACGAAGAGCUGGCGGAGGAGGACAGUGAGAAGAAACGGAAAGGCGCGUUUUUCUCUUGGUCAAGGAGUAGGAGCACCGGGAGGUCCCAGAAGAAGAAGGAACAUGGUGACCUUCCAAACGACCCCAUCCUCGCCAACGGAGGCCCGUGCCGCCGAGAGUCCCAGGGCUCUAUGUCCUCUGCAGGGAGCCUGGACCUGUCGGAGGCCUGCAGGACCCUGGUGCCCGAGAAGGACAAGGCCGCCAAGCACUGCUGCAUCCUCCUCCCAGACGGGACGUCCUGCGUGGUGGCCGUCAAGUCGGGCUUCUCCAUCAAGGAGAUCCUGUCUGGACUGUGCGAGCGGCACGGCAUCAACGGGGCCGCCGUGGACCUCUUCCUGGUGGGCGGGGACAAGCCUCUGGUGCUGCAUCAAGACAGUAGCAUUUUGGAGUCAAGAGACCUGCGCCUGGAAAAGCGCACUUUGUUUCGGCUGGACCUCGUUCCCAUUAACCGGUCGGUGGGACUCAAGGCCAAGCCCACCAAGCCUGUCACAGAGGUGCUGCGGCCUGUCGUGGCCAAGUACGGCCUGGACCUCGGCAGCCUGCUGGUGAGGCUGAGUGGAGAGAAGGAGGCCCUGGACCUCGGCGCCCCUAUAUCGAGUCUGGACGGACAGCGGGUCAUCCUGGAGGAGAAGGACCCUUCCAGAGGAAAAGAUAAACAGAAAGGUGCACUGGCCAAACAGAACACAGCCGUCAAUCCCAGUUCCAGAAACCACUCGGCUACGGGAGAGGAAAGAACACUAGGCAAGUCUAAUUCUAUUAAAAUAAAAGGAGAAAAUGGAAAAAAUGCUAGGGAUCCCCGGCUUUCAAAGAGAGAAGAAUCUAUUGCAAAGAUUGGGAAAAAAAAAUAUCAGAAAAUUAAUUUGGACGAAGCAGAGGAGUUUUUUGAGCUCAUUUCCAAAGCUCAGAGCAACAGAGCAGAUGACCAACGCGGGCUGCUGAGGAAGGAAGACCUGGUGUUGCCAGAGUUUCUUCGUUUGCCUCCUGGUUCCACGGAGCUCACCCUCUCCACCCCGGCCACAGCCCAGGCCAUUAGCAGGAGAACCGCGACAACCAGCGGCAGGGAGAACGCAUCCCCGCCCCAAGAAAGAUGGGCGCCAGGCCAGGACAGCAGUGACAGCCCCUCAACCAGCCUGGGCUCGGCCCAUAGUCCCCCAGGCCCCUCUGGGACGACCCCGCCUGAGCAGAAGUCUCCCAGCGGGCCCUUCUGCAUCCCUCAGUCCCCCACCCCCCACACACAGGAGGGCACAGCACAGAUGUGGAAGAGGCAGUCGUGGGAAGCACAGUCCGGGGACAUCCAGACCGUGGAGGAUGGGCAGGGGGCUGACCUGACCCUGGUGGGGGAGGCCCACAUCAGCAGCCCCAACAGCACGCUUCUGCCGCCACCCCCUGCCCCCCAGGACACGCCUGGACCUCCGCGACCAGGUACCUCUGGGUUCUGACCCUCCACCCAGCCCUUUCCCACGCCGCUGCUGCCAGUGUGGUCCGCUCAGUGUCCAGUGCAACAGAACGUCUGUGGGAAGUGGCUUCCAGCUGCCACUUUGGUUUAGCAAGGCGGCCCCACAGCAUAUGCUCCCCCAUGUAUCGUAUUUAUUGUGGGCAUCCUUGGCCUAUUCUGAAAGGCCCAAGUUUGUCAGGGUUGAUCAUGAAGAGGAUCAGACAGCGGCUCAGGGCAAGCGCAGCCGCGCCCCACCGUGCCCUUGGAGGGGUGACGCAUGGGCAGGGCCUGCCCCCGGGGCAGUAAGACUCCUAGGCAAGGCCUGGGGAUUUCUGAAGAUGUCGGUGUUACUUUCAAAACCUGCACAGCCAACAUUUUUAGUGUGCGAGUCUCGAGACUGAAAAACAGAAUUUGUCUUGAGUGAGUGAAGCCCCGCGACUCGGAGCAGGACGGGGCCUCUGACGCAGGGCCCGUGUACGGGGAGAGCAUGCUGCGCAGGCCGGGCAGGGUGUGCCAGAUUAGGGAGUCGGAGCUACAUUGGUGGUGUGCCCUGACCUCCAGCGUGCCGCGGGCAUUUCUCCCAGUGGAAGCAUGAAAUUCAGUGUGUGUGAAGGUGAACAGUGUGGUCUGGAAGCAGAGAGAUUUCCACGAGCCACAAAUACUAGGAAUUGGGGCGAGAUUCCCCACAUCCUAAACGGCAGCCGGCAGGGCUGCUUCCAGGAGCCCGGGUGCUGGGGCCGGUGCAGCUGUCCCCCAAGAGACGGUGGGCUGCUCAGGGCGUGUGUCAGAGCAUGCUCAGUGGUGUGUGGGCACUUCUGGUUGUGACCUGCCAUUGGGGGUGGCGAGAUUGCCCUCUCUGCCCCACCGUCCCGGUGCAGGAUGCUGAUGGCAGUCUGUCCUGCUGCAGGAUCAGGUCGUCGGGCCUGUCGCCCAGACCUCGACAGGGAACCAGGGAAGGCAUUUUCUGUGUACAUCCUGUGUAUCUGUAACAUCUGGGCACUUUGGAGGCCCCAUGCUGUGUGGAGGGCUCCCCGGUGCCUUUCCCGGGGAGGAGCGCCGGGAUGUGAAACCCAAGGCGCUGUGGCCGUCCGUGGAUGCUGCUCUGCUCGCCUCUGCCCUGCUGCCUGUCCCCUCCUGCUCUUCUCUGUAGACCCCUGUGUGUAGCUCCCGCCUAUGUUUGGAGCCUGUGUUC